AAUGAAAAAUUUUCAAGCAGUCGUACGUGUACCUGUAGCCGCGUAUGUACUGUAACGUUUGCUAUGGGGAACCUUGAACCUUGUUCGGUUAAUUAAUACAAAUAUGUAUUAAUACGUAUUGUAAUGUUGUUUUUUUUUUUCGUGAAUUUUUGAAAUAAUUAUUUACAAAUUUUUCUGUUAUCAAUAGCCGCAUAUUCAUUAAUGGUAUCAUAAAUGUAAUUGUAAUUAAUUGAACUGAUUUUUAGUAACAUAUUUAUUAUAAUAUUAUUAAUUUAUUAUUAAUUUAGUAAACUUUGCCCGCGUUAUUUCUUAAUCCAUAAAUUAUUUAUAACCUCUGUAUAUUGAAACGAAAAAUUGUAUAUUAUUGAGUAGAGUUUUAAUAAGUUUAUAUUAAUUCGGUAUUUAAUUUAAUGCUUCAAAUACGAAAAAAUAUGUUUCUUGUUUGCGUAACUGUGGGGCUAGUCCUCUUAGCUUCGAAAUAUCGUAAUAACAUGCUUCGAGGUGUCAAAAAAAUAUAUUCCAGUAUAAAACGUAGAAGUAAUAAAUCGAACAAUAACGAUAAAAAAGAAGUUAAAAUUGAAUUAAGUCAAAUUAUUCUAGCUGACUCUUUAGAGAAAAGCGAUUACGCUAUUCAACGUAUUUAUUGCAAUUUAUCUGAUGGUAUAUUAGGUUUUGAUUGUGAAUGGGUAAACGAAGGGCCCGUGUCCCUACUCCAACUUGCUACACAUAAUGGAGUAUGUGCUUUAUUUCGUAUUAAUAAAAUUGGAUUCAUUCCUCCAAGAUUACAGGAAUUACUAGCUAGUAAGCGUAUACUUAAGGUUGGUGUAGCUCCAUUUGAAGAUGGACAGAAAAUAAUAAAAGAUCAUGGAUGUGCAGUUUUGGGUACUCUUGAUUUAAGAAGAUUAGCAGAGUGCUUUCAACUUCCUACUCCUAAAAGUUUGGCAGCAAUGUGUUUAGAAUAUCUCGGUACAAAAAUAGAAAAAUUAAUAGAAGUGAGAUGUGGUGAUUGGGAUGCGGAUACUCUUUCUGACGAUCAAGUAGCUUAUGCCGCUUGUGAUGCCAUGGCAUCAAUUCUUAUUUAUCAUCAGAUAAUGCGAGAAGCUAAAGAAAAAUUAUCAUUAGUUGAGAAAUUUGUAAUAUAUUUAUGGAAGAUUUGGUUUAAAGAUGAUGCCAUGAAAUUUCAUGGUUUACCUGCGGGAUUAAUUGAUAUGAGGUUCAAGGGUCACAAAACAAAUAUAACUUCCAAUAAUAACAAUGGUAUUAAUAAAUAUCACAAGAAUAUUAUAAAUAAUAUUGUAAUUAACGAAGGAUUAAAUAUAAAUGAACAUGAAAGUAAUAUACCUAUAAGGAAAAAACCAUUAUAUCAUAAUUGCUAUUUACAAGCACCAGAUGGAGAUAUAUUGUGUACAUGUGACCGUAAAAAAGCAGAGUGGUAUAUAAAGAAAAAUUUAGCAGAUGUUGUUGAAGAACAACCCUUUACAGUAAGAUUGAAAUUUGAACCAUCAGGACGUGCAUUAGGAGAAGUUGGUCAAUAUUAUACACAAAUCAAAAUUAAUCAAUGUGUUGUUUGUGGUGCUUCAGAAAACUUUAUUCGAAAAAAUGUAGUACCAAGAGAAUAUCGCAAAUAUUUCCCAUUGGUAAUGAAAGCUCAUCAAUCUCACGAUGUAUUAUUAUUGUGUCCAACAUGUCAUGAGAAUAGCAAAAGUCAUGAUCUGCAGCUCAGAAGAAAGCUUGCAGAUAUGUGCAAUGCUCCUUUAGCAGGUCCACUUACUCAUACAAAUUGGAAGAAAUUACAUUGUGCUAUUAAAGCUUUACGUAAUGAACCAAUGUUACCACUUCAACGACAAGAAGAACUUACAAAUAUUAUCUUAGAAUAUGCAGGACAACAAGAAAUUACUCCAAAUCUGCUUAAUUCAUUGGAUGAAGAAUUGAAAAGUGCUCUAUCUUCAUCAAUUAAUCAAUCAAAGCAACAACCACAUGGCUUAAAAGUAGUUCAAUGGUUUGAAGAAAGGGAAGGCGGUCUUGUAGAAUUGGAAAGAAUUUGGAGAGAACAUUUUCUAACCACCAUGAAGCCACAACAUUUACCAAAUUUGUGGUCAGUAAGGCAUAAUCAAGAACGACUAACUAUUCGUCAAACACAAAAUAGAAUAGAUCCCCAAGAUGCAAAGGUAGCAGGAUUAAUAUAUUAAGGUUUUACAAAUGUACCUGAAAGUAUUCGUAUAAGAGCGAGUACUUAUAUCAAAAAGACUAUCAAGAAAACAAUAUAUCUCUUGAAUAUAAAUUA